AUGUCAAUAAAGCUCCAAACGGCUAGUGCUGACUUAGAACUCUUUCCUGACUUCGUGGUGAAGAAGGUGGAUUUGGAACUACAAAGGCCGCCUCACAAUGCUCAUACGGAGUUGGAGAUUUUAAAUACACUUUCUCACAAAAAUGUAAUGCGGCUUAUAGAUCACAGUAUAACUACCGGAUACGUCACUUUUAAAUUCCCUAGAUACAGAUGUGACUUAAAUCAAUAUAUGGACGAACAUUGGAAGUCGAAGUAUAACCCCUACUUACUAGACAAUAACUCCAAAAAAUCAUAUUCUAACACUUUGCCUCUUGACGAUUCUUUGCUUAUUUUAAAACAGGUAUCUGAAGCGUUGAGUUACAUACAUGCCAAUGGAAUUAUACAUAGGGAUAUCAAACCACAUAAUAUCAUGAUGAACUCAUGCAAUGAGGUUGUCUUAGGAGAUUUUGGAAUUAGUUACAAUAGGAAUAUCGAUAAUCCCGCCAAGACUUGUGAUUGCUCUACUUCUAUCUAUAAGGCACCUGAGCUUUUGUUUAGCAUAUCAGAUUAUCAAUAUGAGAUCGACAUCUGGGCCUUGGCAAUUAUGCUAUCCCAAUUAUGGAAUGACAAGGCAGAAUCCAAAUCAAGUACUAGUAAGUUGAUAAAUAUCGAUCUCGAAGAAUGUUCAGAUAUCAAGCUAGUUUUGACCUUGUUUCACCAGCUUGGAAAACCAAGUACUGAAGACUGGCCUCAGAUCGCCAGGAAUGACUCUUUCCAUGGUAUGUUCGGCAACCUUACUAGCGAUAAUUACAUUGAUAGACUACCAUUGGAAACAAAAUUGCAAAAGGUAUUUGAAUGGAUGCCUCUGAUCAAAGAUAACUCUAAAUUAGCGCUCAUGUGGCUUUCAAUGGUGAAAUUCAAUCGUGAACAAAGAAUUUCCGCAAAACAUAUUCUUGAAAUAAUGGCAACUAUUUAG